CGCUCGGGGUGAGGGGACCGACGCCCGGCGAGGAGCUUCAGCCGACCGCAGCAGAGACCGAUUGGCCCGCGGGAGAGAGACGGCGAGAGAGGGAGGGGCGCGUGGGAGGGAAGGACCUCUGAUAAAUACCCAACUUCAUCUGGAGGUCAGGAGGACUUGGAUCCGGAGGGAGGUGACGACGCGCCGUUGACAGACUUUUAAAGGUUUCCCUGCGGGGAUGGAUUGAUCCGGUGACCCGAACUGGUUCCUGUGCGUAAAAUUUGAAAAGCGGGCGCCUGUUCUCUGAAAGGAACGAUGGAGAUCCACAGUCUGCGCUCACUCAGUCCACCCGCGAGUGAGCGGCCGUCUCCGGGAGGCCCCCGCGCGCUUUAACGGGCCUUCGCCUCUCUCCGUGUAGAAUGCCGUGUUUGAUUCGGACCCGGCCGACACACACGCCCCAGUAACAGCGAGAACAUGAGGAGCCGCGGUGGGUUCCGCAGCUCGGCCGGACUGUCAGCGGUGCGCUCCUGCCUGCUGCUGCUCUUCAUCCACAUGAGCGCUCCGCUGGAGGCGCGGCGAGUGCGCGGCGGCCGCGCUCAGACCCGGCGGGUCCAGCAGCAGCCGCCGCAGCCGCAGAGUCCGGAGCAGCAGCGGGUGGAAGGACCGGAGAGCUUCCCUCUAGACUUCACAGCCGUGGAGAGCAACAUGGACAACUUUAUGGUGCAGGUCAAGAACCUGGCGCAGUCGCUGUACCCCUGCUCCGCGCAAAAGCUGGAUCAAGACAUGAAGUUGCACCUCUUGAGUAAUUCGACGGUGACCUGCAACGACGGUUCGUCGUCGGGGUUCUACAUCAAGGAGUCCAAAGGCAGCAGGAGGUGGCUUCUCUUCCUGGAAGGUGGGUGGUACUGCUUCAACAAACAGACCUGCAGCAGCAGAUAUGAGACCAUGAGGAAUCUGAUGAGCUCCACCAAGUGGCCACAGAGCAGAAGAGGAACAGGAAUUCUGUCUCCAGAUCCUGAGGAAAACCCUCACUGGUGGAACGCCAACAUGGUUUUUAUUCCUUACUGCUCCAGCGACGUGUGGAGUGGAGCCACGCCAAAGACCGAGCACAGUGAUUAUGCCUUCAUGGGCUCUCUGAUUAUCAAGGAGGUGGUGAAGGAGCUGCUGACUAAAGGUCUGGACAAAGCCAAGGUUCUGCUCCUGGCAGGCAGCAGUGCGGGCGGUACGGGCGUCCUGCUGAACGUGGACGGCGUCGCCGAGCAGCUGCAGGCGGCGGGCCACGGCGGGGUGCAGGUCAGGGGGCUGGUCGACUCUGGGUGGUUCCUGGACAACAAACAGUACAAAACCACCGACUGCCUGGACACCGUCAGCUGCGCCCCCACUGAGGCCAUAAAGAGAGGCGUCAGGUACUGGGGUGGACUGGUACCAGAGAGCUGCAGACAAGCUCACGUAGGAGAGGAGUGGAGCUGCUUCUUUGGAUAUAAGGUCUACCCGACGUUGAAAAGCCCGGUGUUCGUGGUCCAGUGGCUGUUUGACGAGGCCCAGCUGACCGUCGACAACAUCCACCUGACCGGGCAGCCCCUUCACGAGGCCCAGUGGAGGUACAUCCAGAACCUGGGUCAGGAGCUGAGGAGCACGCUGCGAGACAUGCCAGCCAUGUUUGCUCCAGCCUGUCUGUCUCAUGAACUCAUCACCAGGACGUACUGGGUGGACGUUCAGGUGAAAGGCACGUCCCUACCCAGAGCGCUCCACUGCUGGGACCGCAGCCUCCAGAGCGCCCUGCACCUCAACAGCAGCCACAGCCUCAAGAAGCACCGGACCCCCCCGUCCAGGGGAUGCCCCCUUCAUCUGAUGGACGGCUGCCCCUGGCCGCACUGCAACCCGUCCUGCCCGACCGUCAGAGACCAGCUGACGGGACAGGAGAUGAGCGUGGUUCAGUUCCUGAAGCACAUGGGCUUCGACGUGCAGAAGAUGGCCCAGCAGCAAGGAAUGGACGCCAAGAGGCUACUGGGCAUGCUCAGUAACGGAAGUUGAGCUGCUAGGUCGCAGCUAAACGAGCGCAGUUGUAGUUGUUGGAGGCCAGCCUUUAUAAACACAUGGAUGAAAAUAAGAGGGAAAACAAGGAACCUCUUCUUACGCUGAUGUCUUGGUGACAAACUGAACAAUGUACACAGUCACAAGUGCCUUGUUUAUUUUGAAGACGUACAAGUCGGGUACAACCAAACCAGAAAGUUUGAGCUGUUGGAAAGCUUCAUAUAGGAUCAGCAUAGAUAUGCUCCAACUCAGAGGAGGCCGGUACAGCGAGUAUAACACAGGAGAGUUUCAAUUUAAAGUUAAUUUAUUUUCUUAACUCAAAGAAUGAAACUCAUUCCACACAUUCGGUAGUCAGUGAUAGAUAUCAAGUGUUUCCUUCUUUCCUGUUUCCUUUUGCAUGAAUUACUGCAUCAAUGCGGCACAGCACGGAGGAGGAGCUAAUGGAAUGAAAUGCCCUAAGACUUCCUAGCAGAGGCCGCAUUGACUCUUGACUUCAGCAGGGUUUCUGAAGGUUUCAGCAAAUCAAGAUCAAGACUUUUUAAGAUCACUUUGACUUAAACUUAAGACCUGAAUCACGACAGACAAUAAAAUAAAUUGUGUGUUUGCAACAGAACUGAGCCAAUGGGUAAGAUGAACUUCGUCCAGCCAGCUGCUGAUAAAUUAGCACUGAGCCAUGUUGGACGUUAAAACGUUAGCUAGCUUUAGCAGCUAGUUACCGCUAGCUGCAACCACGUUGGGUCACAGAACGCAGUGACCAUGUCUGCAAGUAAUUCAGCUUUGCAUAAUGAGAAACUCCUGAGAAAAUAAGAAAACUACACAGAAUAGUCCUUUCAUGACAAACUUUAAGACCUCCGACUAAUGUAUUAGAGACCAACUUAUUAUUUUUCAAAUAAUUUGAAAAAUGUUUCUAAAACUAAAAAAUUUGUUUUAGAAACAAAUUCAAGACAUUCUGAGGAUGAACAGACACUUUGCUUCACAAUCCUAACAAACUGCACUUUUCUGUUUGUGAAGUCUUCUUACUUCCACAGUUUUUCCUUCCGAUAAACUUUCCAAUAACGUAAAAUAACAUGAAAAGAUUUUUUUUAAAAUUGAUCUCAUGCUUCAUUCAAAUUUUCUGAGAAAUUGAUCUGGCGUUUUCAUACCUUUGAGCUACAGUCAGGAAAACAAACAGAAAUGAACGCUUGAGAUGCGUCACUCUGGACGAUUCCUCUACAGAAGAUGAGUUUCACUCUUUGAAAAGAAAAAAAAAAAAAAGCAUUUAUAUUCUUGAUUAUUUGGGAGACACCAGUAUAUGCAAUAACUUCAUACCCUCAUAUGGAGGUAAAACAAUGAGGACAGCUGUCUUCAGCAGCCUGAGGGGUUCUAACGGGAAUCCACCGGACUGGAAACCAUUCCCAGUUUGACGUGGACAUUCCCAGUAUACUGAGGUCAGGGGAACGAGGCGGGCCAGAAGCGGCACUGAUUCCUCUGCUCACUAAAUAUGCUGCUUUUGCUCCAUGUAAAAAAAAUUAUUCAAUGGGAAUCAUUUACUAAUAAAAACAAAAGCUAACUCUGUUCUUGUGCCUACAGUUCACUGUACUAUUUAUUUUUUUAUUGCUCGAAUCUAGGAAAUUUCUAUAUCAAGUCUACUUUUUAUUUGCAUGUUUGUAAUAAAUAUUUGUAUGCUUGUGGA